GCAGAUCGAACGUCGUCUGGGUUGGCGGCUCGAGACACCAGGGGGCGGAGCGCGUGCCUGCCCGCCAGCCAUCCAGCCUGCGCCGGUUACGUGACGCAACCCAGUCGCGCGCACCCGAGGCGGAAGGAGAAGAGAGUGAAACUAUUCAAAGGGGCCAUGUGUAUUUAACAAAGCAGAUGGAGCUAUAGAUUGACAAGGACGUGAUGCCUAAUGAAUAGAUAAGAUGCAGGCGCAGUACUCAUCACCUGGAUCUGGGACCUUUUCUGGAAGUGUCUUGUUGUUCAUUCGUUCAAAGUCGAAUGUGGUGAAUCUUUCUGCCCUAUAUAAUAACCCAGAUAAGAAAGACAAGGUGUUCAAAACUCUUAAGAUAGCACUUGUAGAUGCAGCUGGUGGCAUUGAUGGUUUUGAGAUAUUGAAAAUCAUUGCAGAUGACUUAGAAAUAAUACUUCAUAUCAAGUUCAUAAAGGAAAAUAGCUGCAGGAAGUUUCUAGACAGCUACAGAAGUAAAGGUCUCCAGCAGUCACUGAUUCAACAUACGAAAGUUCUUGUGCCUUCUGAAGAUCCACGAUUUGAGACUCAGUUGAAAACAUACAGUAAAAUCCUGGAUGACUUCAUUGCAGAGCAGGACAAAUGUGUACAUAACAUCAUGGAGGCACAGCCAAAUAGAUUGAAAGAUGAUGAGAUUGAAGAGUUGGAAACCAGACUAAAGAAAGCUACAUUGAAUAGCAGGGAACCUCCACGUCCAGCGGGGACACCUUGCUCUACUUUCUUGUUUCAGGACAAACACUUUGAUGACAGAAAACUAACUGGGGAAGAUCAACAAACAUUUGCUAAAAAAAUUGGUAAAAGCUGGAAGAAAGUUGGUCGCUGCUUACAGAAGACCUGCCGUGCUCUGCAGGAUCCAGCCAUUGAUAACCUUGCAUAUGAAUAUGACAGGGAAGGCCUGUAUGAACAAGCUUACCAGAUGCUGGGGAAAUUUAUGCAGGCAGAAGGGAAGAAAGCUACUUUGAGCAGAUUAAUAUCAGCUUUGGAAGAGACUGAACUGGCAGGUGUGGCAGAACUAAUCCUUGGCAUCCAUCAUUAAAAUGGAGUAACACAGUUCAUAUUGAUAUCAAUAAGAAGUUGUUUAUAAUCAAUGCUGUUUUGUGAAGUUAUUUUAAAAAAUAAAAUUGAGUGUUCUUUUUUUAUAUAAGAGAAAAAAGAAAAAUACUUGGAUAUAUGUAAGGUUGUUUACAAAACAGACUGUUCAGGAUGUCUGGGAAAUUGUCAUUAGUUAAUUAGCAAAAAUGCUGUAAAGUAAUACUCUUUAUGCACUUAUCAGGUUUAUAAAUGAAAACAGCAAAACUUUUUGCCAUGUUAUUUCUAUAGUAAUCAUGGUGUCACUUCUGAUUAAUGUUUCUCUUUGCAUUUCAAUUGUUUAUGUUGUCAUGGAUUAUAAAAACCUGCUUGGGCAAUUUAACAAAUGAUGUACAGUACUGUUGAUAUUAUGUUGCCCUGAUGACCUGGUAUUUGAUUUUAGUGCUAUACUUACUGAACGUGUAAUCAUGUAAACUUCAUUUGUUAAUUUUGUAUUGCUGUUAUAUUAGGCAGAGUGAGUCUACUGUUAUACUGACUGAACAUGCAGACCGGUAAACUUGACUUGUUCAGUGUUUUUAUUAUUUGCUCUACGUAUCAUACUGAGGCAACAUGGAAGGGUCCAUUCUAGAAAUAUGGGAGCCGCAACCUACCUCUGGAGUCUUUGGCGGUCUUCUCCCUCCAUAUGCAGAAGGAAACACAUGGUUACAGUAUGUUCACACGACAAUCUUUACAGAAUUAUCUGUUCCUAGUAAUUUAAUAUAUGUAUUUUUAUGGGAGAGUUUGGUCAGAUAAAAUGAUAUUUGUUAAGUUUGUAGUGGGGUCAUAGUGUCUCUGUUGACUUUUUCAUUCUAAUCUAAAGAGUAUGAAUAUUUUUUCGGAAAACAAAAUAUCAAGCAGUACCCAAGUUAGUCGAGGUAUUCUGUGUCCUAGAGGUUUUCACCAAUUUUCCCAAGAAUACAUUUAUUAGCAGCUUUUUUUUUCUUACUACUGUUGUUCUACGAAAGUGAUAUUAUAUUUUAAAGGUAAUAAUGUAUUUUUGCCAUGUUGAAUUGUAUUGAGGGUGCUACUGUAUGUGCUGUGACAAAUGCAGGUGUUUUUUUUUAAUAAAACUUAAAUUUUUUUUUCAGUAUGGUUUAUUAGUACCAAAAAUACUAUUAGACUGACAGUUUUUUUUGCCAUAACUAGUUUACUUUGAAAAUGUUUUUGGGAACAUUGUUUUAUGUGGUAAUAAAAAAGUCUGCAACAUCUGUGCACAAUUAUGGACUGAAACCAUCAGUUUUUCAGGAGGUUGUUUGGGGGGGGGGGGGGGGGGGGAUUUUUCCUGCAAUGCAGAAUAAUGUGCAGGGUGCUCAUCAGAGAAUAGAAUCCUUUCAGAACUUUAUAGUUUAGUAAAUGCUAAACACAACACCAUAAACAUUGCAUAAAUGGUCACAGAACCGUAAACUCGAGCAAUUGAGUUAUUUUUGUCAUCCUGUUUUAGCCUGUAAUAUAGUGGAAAUUGCUCAGAAAUUCAUGGAGGGGAAUGUGAUAGGCAAUGAUAUAUGAGGGUACAUUAAAUUUAAAAGUAAAGGCAACUUGAAAAUUUUGCAGUAACCUUAAUGGAUAGAAGCUGACGCAGUACAUGUUGGCAAUGACUUGUAGGUAGUUCGAACACGCACAGUGCUGGGCUCUGCUCUUAGUUUAGAUGAAGCCAAGGUCAAAUGAACAUGGAUGCUCCGCUGCAAGAUUACACCAUUGUUGAACAACAUGCCCUUGUGAGAUUUCUUUGAGCAAAGGGAGUGAAACCUGCUGACAUACUCAAUGGGUUUCUGUAGGCACACAGAUUUGUUGCCCUACAUAAGUAGCUGAAUUUCCAUUUCAGUUCCUGCCUUUUGAUCAGUCUUUAUCACAGUUUCUUUUCUGAGUAAUAGCAUGGCUGUUUCAAUUAUGUCUGUAAUGUUA